AUGAUUUGGAUGGAGCCAGUGGAAUCCAGAGGUUGGAACGACCACAGCGCCGCGGCCACAAUGCUCCGCCGCCGCAACCCGAUCCCCGCUGCGCCUCGCUCUCCUCGUCACUCUCCCCUGCCCGACAACUGUCCCGGGUUAUUUCUGCUGCGGCUGCUCGCUGGGCUCGCCUGGCGCCAGCCCCUGGGACCUGCACGAGGGGGAGGAGGGGUGCUGCCAUUUGCCCCCUUGGCCUCCGGCGCCCCGGCCACGCCCACCGCUGAGGGCUCUGUCGCUGCGUCCCACUGA